UACUUUGUUUACGUUAACACUCCUCGAGAGGGUGCUCGUUCUUCCGAAGUUUUGGAAAUGUUGUUCCGAAGUGGAGCUGCGACGGCGAUUAUGGAACUCGCGUCCGUGUAUAAACAUUUGAAACGGCGUCUGUAGUUUUUCCUGAAAUAUUUAAAUACGAGUAAGAUGUUGUUGUUCGACAGAGACGCUGCUACAGCUAAUGUUUCUCAAGAAAAAGCCGUAGGAAUGUUUUCUUCGCAGUGGAUUUUAACAACAUCCAGACACAAUGCAGCCAGUUAGCUAGCGGCUCUCCCGAGAGAGCGGCACACCAACUUACGAAUGCUUCAGGUACACUUUGUCGCGGCGAGGGUCACGAUACUGUCAUUUAUCUUGAAUAUCCCAGUGUCAUGUUUGUUCCCACCUCCGUUAUAUUCCCGCCGGUGUCACGAUGUAACCCGGCGUGAGACGCGGCGUGUCGGUGUGUCGGAGUACAGUGCUGGACCCCAGCCGUGCUAUAACGGUACGUCUCAGGAUACAUCAUGGUACACAACCUUACCACCACCACCUCCUCUCUCGGAGAAACAGGAGAGUGUCUCUGGUAUCCAUAUAAUGCAACAUGACCCUGGUGGGAGAACAGCAGAGCUGACACUGUUUAGGAUGGAUGAUGGCCCGCUCUCUUCUUCAGCUCCUGCUGGCCCAUGGGGACACUCCUUGUACUCAUCAUUUACCUACAUGUCAAACAUCUUGCACCUCCGGGUCCACAGAAGCACACUCACUAGGUACAACCUGGGCCACACUUUGCCUCAGGUUCAGAGAGUGGCACCUCCAUCUGCAUUUGGGGUCAAAUUUCACAAGUGUGCACAGGUGAAGCUCGACACUGAUCCCCCCCAGCUGACAUUCUUCCUGCUGAUUCACAACAUGGGCCCAGUCGGUGGUACCAACCUAUCUCAAGUGGCUAUCCGGGACUCCCUUUCUGGAAUAGUCCCCCUAAAAACCGAAGGCAGGGUGGUGGAAAGAGGCUACCAGACAUUUGCCAUCGAUUCACUGUCUGCUGGCUCUCUGAUUGUUGUCAAUUAUACUGCUCACAUAAGGAGUCAUAAGAGUGAAGUCCUGGACCUUCCAGCUUUUCUCACCUUCUCUAAUGCCUCACAGAACGACGUCAGUAUGUUUGGUCCGUUAACAGCUAAUCUAACACUGAGGGUGAAUUCCACUGACAGGAUCUAUCCUAACCACGGUGUCCAUUUUGCUGGAUUUGUUUCUGGGUUCUUUGUCACUUUGGUGCUGUUGUCGCUUGGGUUUCUGGCAAUGAACCUGAUAGGCCUCAGAACCAGGCUGAACCUUCUUCAGCAAAAGAGAAAAAGGGGGGAUUCAGACCCAGAGUAUGCAGACUACAACUUGAGCGAGACAGUUAAAGAAGAGGCAACAUUUGAAGACAAGAUGGUGGACAUCAUGGUGCUGGAGGAUCCCCAGAACAUGUACCAGGCUUUGGAGAACCUUGAAAUGUCUACACUGCUGCGCGCCACUAACAACCUGGAGGCCACUCGGAUUCAGAUCUACAAGGACGUGAUAUCCUCCCUGCUGGGUGGCCUGAGGUCCCGAGGCCAGGCCAGCGCCCAGGUCCAGCAGAGGCUUCUCAGUGUGCUCCACGGACAGCUGCUGGGCAUGGAGGGGCGGCUGAAAGAGGAGCGAGGGGCCCGUAUGGCUGCCCUGGCUGGUCAGUGUAACCUGGAGACUCGGGAAGAAAUGGAAGCUGAGCACCACAGGGAAGCAGCAGAGAAAGCCCAGGCUGAGCUGCUGUGUCAACAUGCAGACCAACAGGAGCUCCUCCAGUGCAGUGUCCUACUGGAGAAGCUGCACAAACUGAGCCAGAGUCAGCUCCAGCGCAUCCUGUUGGUUCGACAUGAAGAAGCCUCAGCAAAGGUCCAGAGGCAGAUCAUCGAGUGGCGCCGGGUGGAGCUGCACAAGAUCUUCUCGGAGGAACUGGAGGAGGCCACAAGGAUGGGCGAGUUGGAGAAAAGCACAGCCAAAAGUCUUCAGCAUGAUUACUUUGCCUGUCAGGAUCAGCUGGAAGAGGUUCUCGAUGUGGUCCUUGCCAAUCAGCGUUAUGUUCUGGCUGAACGCCAUGCACAGAGGAAGUUCCUGGUGCACAGCCUCCACAGCCUCAACAGCCUGAUUUCUGACACCUUCUCCGGCACCUCCAGCAACUUGGACAGCUGGUUCACUCACAUCAGGAGAGGGAGCACAGUGCCUGUAGAGCAGAUAGACCAGCUGCAGGAGAAGGCCCAGAAAGAGCUGGUGAUGGUAAGGCAGAGACUGGAUGAGGCACUGAGCCAAGAGAGAAGAGCCAUGCGCUGCGGCCUGAUUAAGAAGAGGAGGGAGCUCAUCUCUGAAAUGCUGACGGUCCACAAACAGAGACAGAGGGAUCUGUCGGGCCUGUCCAAGGGUCUGGAGGGAAGGAAAGAAGUAGCUCAGAACCUGCACUGUUGGCAGAACUUACUGACGGCUCACAGCUUGGAGCUAGCUGAGCUCAUCAACAACCUGGAUGAGGAGGCUACUGCUGACAUCCGCAAGGUGACCAUGCGUGUGAUCCAAGGUGCCAUCGCAGAAAUCAAAGCCAUCCAGCCUUCUGCAACCCAGGCCCUGCUAACACCCUUGCCUCCAGGGACACAGCGCUCCCUUCUUCAAGUAGAACCAGGGCAAGGAGCAGGACAGACCCAGGGACAAGGAGCGAGCGCUCUCUUGCAGGGUCAGGAGAGGUUGCACCAAGAAGGAAAAGCAGCUUUACGCACCCUGAGCUGCACCAGGGAGGCUCUGCAGGAAGACAUGGAGAGAGAACUGCAGGAGCAGAGGGAGAUCAGGGCACACUGCAGAGCUUUCUUCAGGUGUUUGUGUUCGUCCCAGCUGACUCUAUCUGAAGAUGACCGGCUGAGGAUGAAACUGGAGUUCCAGAAGUGUCUGUCUGUGAUGGACCGCUGCCUGGUGCUGCCACAUGCUGUCUCCAGGACCAAACUCCACACUUCCCUGGCAGCUUGGAGAAAGGACGGCGAGAAACAGAUGACAAAUAUUCAGUCCAAGGGGGAACUCAGCAAGGCCAGACAGAGAACAGACACAUCUGAAAUGCUGCUUUUCCAGAAAAGGCUUGAGGACAGGAUCCAGCUGUUUGAGAAGGAGAAGGAGAUGGAGAGCAGUUUCAUGAACAAGGUGUCAGAGGAGAUGCGGAGGGAGAGAGAGGAUGAUCUGCAUACCCAGGCAGACAGCCUGGCAAUUCAGAUGGCUACCAUCCACUACCAGAGGGCCGAGAGGAGGACGAAAGUCUUGGAGACCUCCAGAGCCAUGCUCACCCUGCACAGUCUGCUCAUUCAGCAGCUCAGAGAGAGAAAGAGCCUGGAGAGACAAGACGUGGCGCAGAGUAUACAGAGCCACUGCUUGGGCCUAGAUGAAGCAGAGCAACAGCUCCAGAAGAAGAGGACAGAGUUGGACAGCCUGGAGAUGUCCCAGGCCAGAGUCGAGUCACAUAAAACACGCAGAGAGGACUCUGAUGAGAGGGAGGAGGACAAUGAGGAAGAAGGAGUGUUUCAGCUGCAGCAGGAAUGCAGGAUGACAUCCAUCCUCCAGGAGGCACUCUACAAGUGUGAUCAGGUUAUCACACUGUUGGCUGAGAGGUGGCAAGAAAUGAUUGCCAACGAUCAAGCAAUGGAAGAUUUAAAAGAACAAAUGGAACUCAAGAGACUUUAUGUAAACUGUGACCAGGAUCUGGAGUUUGCAUCUCAGCUGGUGAAGCAGAGUCAGGUGUCUACUGAGGUUCUCCUGGAGGCCCUGCGUCUCCUCCUCCCCACCCUGCCAGAAAGCGAACUCCUUUCAAUCACUGACGCCCUCUGCCCCAAACAGCUCCCUGUUUCAUUGUCGGCAGAGCAGGAACACGCAGGGUGUGGUGUGGGGUCUAAUCGACUUCUUCCUGUCAAACUGAGGGAAGAGAUGGUGCAUAAAAAUGUGCUCAAUAUGCCGAGCUGCGCUGUGGAAAGAGAGAGAGUCCAGGAAAAGAGGCAAAGUCUGGUGGAAAAACUGCUCCCCAGAUCCUGUCUUCUGCUUCCAAGAGAUGUUGAACCACUGCUGGUUGAGGAGAAAGGAAAGAGUUCAGGAGGAGGACAGGUGGACAGUUUUACCAAAGCACAACGGCCGAUGUAUGAAUCAACCAUGGCUGAAAACACAGUUAAACAGCAGCAGACUGGCACUGCAGAAGAAAAAGUUGGGGACACAGUGAAUGAAACGUUUCACAGCUCAGCGGGGGAAUGCAUGACUUCAGCCUCUGCCAGCUCUGCACUGGGCAGCCCUGCCACUCAAGAAAGGUUGUUUGUGUUUCGGGAUCCACCUGAAACAUGUGGUAGUGUGGAUGUCCCCAAGAGAAAAAGGAAGAGGAAUUUCCUCAAUCUGAAGAAAGGCUCAGUGGCCCCAACAAACAUAUCCUGAGAUUUACAAACAUUAUGUUUUGAAAAGUUUUUUUUUUUUUAUGAUGAUGGUACUAAACAAAAUAAACCAGUAGUAUUGCCGUUUUGCAAAAGUAGCACAUUUUCUGUAAAAUGUAUGUAGCAUCUGGCUUUGGUUUUAAGUAAAGGCAGCAGACAGCUGAUAACUGUUUCCAGUUAUUUUUUUAUUCUGGUUAUUUCAAAUUGUUAAUAGGCAGGAUGAUUUGCAAGGUUAUACAUAAGUGGUUGGCUCCCAGGUUAUACUGCCACACCCCUGUCUUAACCUGGCGUCUCUUAAACGGUGGUCCACAGAGCUGCAGGCUCAGAAGCUCACAAACUAAAAUAAACCCUUCUGGUCUUUUCGUGCUGAAUACUUGGCACUCUUAAACAUCCAUGCCAAAACUGCAGGAACUGACAAGCCACAGAAGUGGCUUGGAAACUUGGGGGAGAAAAGUUGCGAGAAUGUGUGGCCGUGGGUUCAGCGGGAGAAGAUCAAUCAUCCCCGGUAUUUGGAGCUUACAUGAACACGGCAUUGAUGUGCGCUCCAAGAGCUCGGCGGACCCCAAAUGUUUCCUUCACUCGGUCU